UGAGACCGUAAUGCUAGAUAACAACGUGACAGGAUUUUCCAGUUGUCAUGCAGAUUUAAAAAAUAAUGUGAAAACAUGUACAGAACUUUGCCUCAUAUCUUUGGAUCAAGAGUUUGCACAUUACAUUCAGAUCAGACAAAAAUAUGCAAAGGGUUUAUGGAGCGAUUGGAGUGACUUUAUAUUUGUACCAGCUGCUAUUGGUCACAGCCCAGAAACCAACUACACAGUUGAAAAAUUAAGUAAUGGAACGCGCAAGAUUGUUUUGCAUUGGCAGAAGGCUGUAAAAGAACAAGGAGAUGUGAGGUAUAACGUUAGUCUAACAUUUCUCCCUUGCCGUGGAAAAGAAAAAAUAACACAUCAAAAUAUCGGUGAUAAUCAAUUAACUACUAAUAUAUCUGGAGCUGCUUAUAACCUAACAGUUGUGGCAUUUAAUUCAGUCGAAAAUUCCUCUUCUUGGUCAUCUAUUAUUGAAGAGGAUGGAAUAGGAAUGCCUGUUCAAAAUGUCCGCUUAGUAAGAAGCAAUGAACUGAAAUUAGAGUGGAGCCAGAAGACAGCAAGCAGAGCCAGAUACUGCAUUGAGUGGAAGUCCGUUUCAUCAAAAGGCACCUCACCCAUGUGUUUGCCUUUAAUUCAUGAAGGCAGAGAAGCAACUAUAAUAACAGAUUUUCAACCAAUGCAAUGUUACCGCAUCACAGUAUAUCAAAUACACAAACAGCAGCGUACUAUUGGAAUGGCAUACUAUUUGAAACCUUCGAUGAAUAAAGGACCAAGCAACCUCACAGUUAUCAUGCUUACAGCUGACUCUGUUUUGUUAAAAUGGGAAGGCUUUAACCUUUGUCAGUGUCAAGGACUUCUAAAGACCUGGGUUGUAAUCACCACAAAACAUGGAAAUAAUAUCUCAAAAGAGUUUAAUACAAAUUCUUCAGUAAACCACUUCCAUGUCAAGAACCUCACAUUAGGAACCCAUUACACUUUCAGAGUUAAAGGGAUCACUAGUUAUGAUGAGCAUACAGGAAGUACUCAAACAUCUUUUGUCAUACCCAACACAGCUUCAAACAUUGAUAUCCCUGGAAUAGUUUAUGGCAUUAUUAUUGCAGUUGGACUUUGUUGCUUUGUUAUUAGGAGGCUCAAAAAAUCCGUUUGGCCUGCUCUUCCGGAUCCCAAAGACAGCAAUGCUACAAAGUUUGUUUUAACCAAGAUGAAACACAUGCCUCAUCACAUACCUCUUAUUGAUACAAAUCUCGAAUACAAGGAAGCAGAAGUACUUACUGUAGAGUCAAAUAUAGAUGACAAACCUUCUGCAGUUGUCAACAGAAAUAAUGGAAUAAUGCUUUCUACUGUAAAAGAAGACCAAACUGAAAAGGAUCUAAUGUCUACACUUUGGGGGAAAUCUUCGAUUUAAGUAUAGGAGGCAAAUUAACUCCCCUGGGAGUGAAAGCAAAGU